AUGGAGAAGCUAGCGGACCAGGUCAGGCAGAGGAGGCAGACAUACGGACACGGACGGAUCGUAAGGAGCUGCCUCUCAAAGAUAAUGGGCAACUCGAAAGCGGAAGAAAUGCAACUGUCCGCCACAGUGCUCAUAGGUGACGCAAAUAUCAGGGCACGGGGACACCGGCGCCUGAAGGAACUUCAAUACUUAGGGCAUCGCAUUACAGACCAGGGCAUAGGGACGGAUCCGGAGAAGGUAUCAGCGUUGCUAAAAUCACCGGCAAAUAUUUCUCGGCCACUGAAAAGGAGAGCCCAACUGAAAGAAUCGCACGAUAGGCACUGGAGCUCCAGCAAUACGACUUCGAAAUCGCGUACGAAAAGGCCAGCUGAAUAUUGUGGCGGACGCACUGUCACGGCAGCCCUUGCCUGA